AUGGCAGAUGUGCCCAUUGAGCAUGAUCAACCACCACGGCCUUCUAAAAAAUGGUCGUCGACGUGGGAACAUUUCUCUAAAAUUCUUGGUGAUCCUGUGAACCUGCAGGCAAUAUGCCACCAUUGUGGGCAACUUUGUGGUUGCCAUUCGAAGAAACAAGGCACCAGUUUAUUAAUAGCACAUCUUAAUGGUUGCCAGCGAUAUAAGACCGUGAAGGAAUUGGCGGCCACUGGCAUUGAUCAAACCAAGCUUAGUUACGAAACUCAAAUGGCAAUUGAUGGUGGCAGAUCACAUGUUAAGAAGCUUAUAAUCCCCCAAUACAGUGAGAAUAUGUUGCGGGAAUUACUUACAGAGAUGAUUAUUACUGAUGAGAUACCUUUUACCAUAGUUGACAAAAAAAGCUUCAACAAAUUUGUGCGCACUCUUGAACCACGUUUUCCCAUGCCUUCACAGUAUACGGUUAUAUGCGAGAUUGUUUGA